AUGAGUUCGGUGGGUCGGUGCACAUUCAAUUUGCUGGAGCGGACCCGCCCCGCCCGCCCACAAAAUGGCGGCCGCCCCGCCCCGCCUGCGGGAGACGCUCCCGCCGUGUCACGCCCACAAAAUGGCGGCCGGCGGAGCGUCCUGUCUGCCUUGGGGCUGCCGGUCUGUCCCCGUCCCACGGGACACCCGGCCCCUGAACUGCCCGUGAUCCGCACUGCCCGGGGCUCCAGAGGAACGGGGAGCCCAUCGAGGUGUCCCACAGGCGGGCCCGCCAUGGAGCUGGGGCGGCUGGAGUACCUGCAGGCGCUCGUCACCGAGUUCCAGGUGACGGACAGCCCAGAGGCCAAGGAGCAGGUGCUGGCGAACCUGGCCAACUUCGCCUACGAUCCCAAAAACUACGAGUACCUGCGGCAGCUGCAGGUGCUGGAUCUGUUCCUGGAUAUGCUCACCGAGGACAACGAGACCCUCGUGGAGUUUGCCAUUGGUGGUCUUUGUAACCUGUGCCUGGAUAAAACUAACAAAGAGUACAUCCUGGAGGCCAACGGGGUGGAGCCCAUCAUCAACUGCCUGUCCAGCCCCAACGAGGAGACCGUGGUGUCGGCUGUCACCACGCUGAUGUUCCUCACCACGCCGCAGUCCCGGCACCAGACCACGGCCCUGCCCGUGGUGGAGUGCAUGCUCCGCUUCUCCCUCUCGGCCAACAGACGGCUCAGCAACCUGGCAACCCUGUUCCUGGAGGAUUACUGCUCGCCUCCGCAGGUGGAGGAGGCCAGGAACCUCAGCAAACACACGGCGCUGGGGAUCCCCCUCCCCAAGGACUGAAGCUGUUUGAGAGGGAAACCGCCCUCUGUUCUCACGUUCUGCUCAGCAGGUCAGGAGCGUGUCAAACACAUUAAAGAGGGAAGCUGGUCCUACCAGCACUGGGGUUUAGUUAACAAAGAUGAUGGUGCAGCACUACCAUGGCAGCUGGGCCGAGCAUGCAGCUAAAACUGCCAGCAAAUAUUUAAAAUAAAGCAGCUCAUGGCUGUUGGAAAGCAGUUUGCCAAGUGCAGCCCAGCACUCAGCUUGCACAGAUAACGCUUCCCAGCAGUGGGGGGUUUUCUGCUUGGGUUAUUGAGCAGCUUACAUCCCCUCCAGUUCCUGGCUGAUUUUGCUGCAGCUCUCCCCUUCAGUGUCAGUGACAACUGACACGGAGUGUCAACUCAAAUGACUUCAAAAUGUCACAGAAAUUUAUUCCUCCUGCAGAGAAAGAAGGUGUUUUCCUGCCGUGGCAGUUCACAAUCUUUCUCCAUCCCUGUGGAACUAGUUAUGCCACCCUCUUAUCGUGGCAUAGGCACCUGAGUCACUGCACAGGGCAGGCUGUAACUAUCCUUUAAAUCAAGAAGUGGAAAGUUGUUUUUCUUUCAUUACCACUGGUGAGGAAGGUGAAGAUUUAAAAAAAAAAAAUGGUUCACAGCAGUCUGGCUCAUGAGAGCUGCUGUCCUGUAAAACCUUCUCUUAAUAAAACAUUAACUUGAA